UUUUUUUCUGGUUGGUGUUUGCAUUUGGAAGAUUUGCUCAACAUCUAAGAAGGUGCAUGUAAAAAUUCAUAUAUUCUCACUGCUGAUUUUCUGUCUUCUACCUUCCCACGCUGGUCUGUGCUUUUAUGUCUAUGAUAAGGGAGUGGAUAACUAGCAGGACAUCUUUGCAUGAUUCAGUUAAUCACUGCUACCAGGGCUGUUUUUCGUGUUCCUGUAGGUUCUUCCUAGAGCUGUAAUAGUUGAGUGCUGUUGACCACAUAUGAUUUAAAAUGCGAUGUUAUGAAAUAGAUAACAUGGAAGUUUUAGUGCUAUACUUAUGUGACUUCUAAUGCACUUUCAGAUGCUCUUUUCCUUAACUGUUACUCAGAUUCAAUGCUAGUUUCCGUUGUUGGAAUGGCGCUGUACACGGGCUAUGUGUUCAUGCCUCAGCACAUCAUGGCCAUACUGCACUAUUUUGAAAUUGUGCAAUGAUGAAGAACAUGUUUUCAAGAAGUAAUCAUGAUCUGAAAAUCGUCCUACAAAGAAGAAUGAACCUCUUAGUUUUAACAAGACUUCUACAGAGGCUGAAAAGAGAGAGACAUAAUUAUGACUCUGAAGACUAAGAGACCAGUUAUGUAGAGAAGGGACGUGAGAUGUCCCCUAUGUUGUGUUCAUUCCUUUUAAUUUUACAAGAUGCCCUUGUAUAGUAGUUUUGUCUAUUUUAACAUUGUGAUUGUACUUUGAUAUCAGUAUUUUCUUAACUUUGUGACAGUUUCAAUAUUGCACUGUGAAAGCUUUUCUUAAUUGUAAUUUUGAGUAAAUCUUAAUUGCCUUCUAUUUUUAAUCGGAAAGUCAUCUUAUUAAAUGGGGCUUAAAGCUUUUGCUAUGGUAUGGUAUGUAUUUGCCUGGAUAUUUCUAUUAAUGCAUUUUGUAAGAAAAUACAUCUAGAUUCCUAUUAGAGACUCAGAUAUAUUCAUCUAACACUAUUUACAAAGAUUAGUUUGUAUGACUGAACUCAGGUGUACUAUUUGCUGUCCAGACUUUGUUCAACAGUAUAAUUGUGCAUAUCAAUUGAAUUUGGAAUUAGCAAUUAUUUUAAGUUGUUAUAUUCCACCUGUCGGAGGAGGGUGGGAAAGAGCUGAGAUGGAGUGAUGACUGCCUUCGUUAUGCUUGGGAGUAACGCUGUGGUUGUGGUCUUUACGUAGCGGGAACAGAAGGAUAUCUCUUUACUGACGUAGGCCCACAGAAAGCUUUGGGAUAGCACUUUGUCACUGUUUUUCUAGCUACCAACUAAAUUGUACUUUUAGAUGAUGCUUGAUUAUGUUCUAAGGGUGGUGGAGAGGAAGUUUCUGCUUCUUUUCACUCAACAGUGUAACUAUGUCUAGAUUUCAAAGGGUUUUUCUGUUGCUGCUAGCUCCAAACCUGUUCUUGAUGCAAACGACCAAAACAUGGGGUUUUAAAGGGACUUGAGUUACAGCUACAGCAAUAAGGUGCUGAAUACUUGGCUGAAGUUCUGUCUUUGUUUUUAUAGGGCUUUUUUCAGAUUUGUAUUCUGAAAUGUAAGAUGGGAACAACCAAACUUUCUUAAGUGGAGGAUUUUUUUGUUUAAAAAAAAUAAAAGUUUAAAAGCAGAGCUUUGAUGCACAGCUUUAUUUGAGAAGUUAAUGUGUUUCUGAAUGCUGCUCACUUUUUCUCAGAAUUUGACAUGGGUGAAGACUGGUGCUUGACCAAAGAAUUGUAACUCUAAUGGCCUAGUAAGAAGAGGUACUUUGAUCUUUUAUGCAGCUUCUACUGAAAUCAGGAAUUAUACUUAAGCUGCGCAACUAAAUUGUUCUAUGAAGAUAUUGUCUUUAGGUUUCGGAUAUUGGCUCAUGAGAAGACAGAUUUUUUUUUUUUCUGAGCAGUCCUUUACUUUCAUUUAAAUUUUAUGCAGCUGAAAAUUCGGUAGUCGUCUUAGAGCUAAAAGCAGAGUGGGCCUUUAAUUUCUUAGAUGAAUACAAGUUUCGCUGAAGUCAGUAGGACUCUCCCACUAAAUUAGUGCCUUGUUUUAGUGUGGAACUGGUUGUGAAAAUUAUUUGAAAACUGUUAAAUGCAAGUCAUGGUUAUACCUUAGGGGAAAAAAUUCCAUCUAUCACUCAUCCUCUGUCUGCAUGAGAGGCCAAAGCAGUAGCGUUACUGAUAUGGUAACGCUAGGGACCACUGGCACGUGAUCCUACCUUCGUUUGUUAAAAACUGACAGUGUAAACAUAGGCAGUUUUGCCUUUUUUUUUUUUAAGUGGGUCAAGAAUUGUACACAAGUAUCUUAAAUAUAUGUAGAGAUAAUGAUUAGUUAUCCUAUUCUUUUUGAAGUAACAAAGCAUAAUUUCCUGCCAUCCAAGGUUUAAAUUGGUACUCUUGUUUCUUUGUGAACUACUGUCAUCUGCUGCUGAGAGAGGACUUUAGUUGUAUGGGGGGGGGGAACCCUUCUGUGCUUUAGAGUUACAAAUGUACACAUGACUUUAAUUGUGAAAGAUUUCAUAAAGGGGUUCUGUUAUACUGACUUUUAUAAGCUGUCUGCUUAUUUGGUGGAAAAAGAGUAACCAUAACCUCUUAACACUUGUAUUAUGUUGGAGCAGGCUUGAUUGAUAUCAUACUUCUAAUUCAAUUUGCUAAUUUAUGUACGGUCUUUUUCAGCACUUCCUUUUUAACUAUAAAUCAAGAGUCUCACAGAAGCCUUGGACUGUUCUUUCAGAUUCCAGAUGCUUUAUUAAAGGUGGAACCAUUUCUCUUCAUUAAUACAGUACUGCUUGCUACUAGAGUUUGUGUUUCCUUUUUUUUUUUUAAAAAAAAGUAUUUGCAACAUGCGCUUUUCAUAAAGCUGGUCUAGUGAAGAGAGAGUUCAAGGUCUGAUAAUUAUGAAGCUGAAUAAGUUUUUUUUUUUUUUUAAAGUAAGGCUAU